CCCAGCGGUUGCAGCUGCGGCGGAUCCCUAGGCACUGCCUGCCGUUGUGCCCGGAAAGCCCAGGGCCGGCAGCAGCUCCGCAAAGUCGUGGAGCUAGAGGAGGCCGAGCGCCUGCAAAGUGCUCGGGCUCAGGGCUGGGACUGGACUGGGAGAGGGGUGCCCAGGGAGCCUGGAUCUCGGCGCCCUUCGGCCUCGCGUGGAGCGGUGGGUGCAGCUGGGAGGCGUGCUGCCGCUCUGGAAAGAGAAAUCAAAUUACAGCCUCCCCUAAGACGCCAAGUUACGCAGGCGAACCGGUUCCCGGAGAGCGUUCGAGAGCGCGCAUAGAUAGAACCGCGCAGUGCCGCAGAGCCCUCCCGGGCCAGCCGGCCGGGAGCGGGGUGCCGUCCCAUAAGCAGCGGCCCCCGGGAGCGGGUUUCGUCCGGGAGUGCGCCGGGUGCAGAGAGGGGGCGUGCAAGGCUCCGCCGGCCCGCCAGCCUGCCUGCAGCCCGCGCCCGACUUGGGCGCCCCCUCCGUCCCACUCUGGGAGCGAUGCCCCCCGCUCCUCGCGCCCCCUGGGAACGACGCGAGCAUGGAGAAGUCGAGUAGCGAGGAUUCUUCGAUUCACCGGAGUCCAUCUUUGGACAGCAAGGACUCGGACUUUGGCAAGCCGUCCACCUCCGGUCGUCCGUUUGGCCGCGGCUUCACGGCCGGCGCCUUCUACGGCACCGCGGGCUCCCGGGGCCAGAGCCGCGCGGAGGCCGGCGUUAAGACCGACAAGUACAAUGCACCCAAAGGCAGCAAGUACGUGGUGUUUUACCUGGACCUGUCCUUUGUGUUCCUCCUAGAAUUUAAGAAGUGCAACAUGGCCAGGGGCUGCCUCUGCUGCUUGAAGUACAUGAUGUUCCUCUUCAAUUUGAUAUUCUGGCUCUGUGGCUGCGGGCUGCUUGGAGUGGGCAUCUGGCUCUCCGUGUCCCAAGGCAACUUUGCCACCUUCUCCCCCAGCUUCCCCUCGCUGUCUGCAGCCAAUCUAGUCAUCGCCAUAGGAACCAUUGUCAUGGUGACCGGCUUCCUCGGCUGUCUGGGGGCCAUCAAGGAAAACAAGUGCCUCCUCCUCAGUUUUUUCAUCGUCCUGUUGAUCAUCCUGCUCGCAGAGUUGAUUUUGCUCAUCCUCUUCUUUGUCUACAUGGACAAGGUGAACGAGAACGCAAAGAAGGACCUGAAGGAAGGGCUGCGGCUGUAUAACACCGAGAACAACGUGGGGCUCAAGAACGCCUGGAACAUCAUCCAGGCUGAGAUGCACUGCUGUGGGGUCACUGACUACACGGACUGGUACCCAGUCCUGGGGGAGAACACAGUUCCCGACCGCUGCUGCAUGGAGAACUCCCAGGGCUGUGGGCGAAACGCCACCACGCCCCUGUGGAAAACGGGCUGCUACGAAAAAGUGAAGAUGUGGUUUGAUGAGAAUAAGCACGUGCUGGGCACCGUGGGGAUGUGCAUCCUCAUUAUGCAGAUCUUGGGCAUGGCCUUCUCCAUGACCCUGUUCCAGCACAUCCACCGGACGGGUAAAAAAUAUGAUGCGUGAGCGGGCUGGCGGGGGCGCCCAGCCCCACCCGGACGCUGUGCCAGGGAAGAGGAUCUGAACUUCGUCCCCUGCCUGUGCCCUCCAGACUGCCAUCCCUGCCCCACCUCCCUCGUCUGCCCUCCCCCUGCCCACCCACUUCAGCCUCAGACUUCUCAGAGGGCGGAGGGCCCAGUGGGAGGCAGCGCGCAGAGACCUUGGGGCACUGGACACCUGGAUUCCUGCACCUGCGAUUUGCCAAAGACGACAGGGUGGGCUGGGGGACGCCAAGGAGGAAGUCUCCAGCACUGAUGGGUUCCUACCUGCUGCCCUUCCUCACACUGACACUUUGUCCCCAGGUGGGGUGGGGAGCAGAGCAUUCCCCCCGCCCCGGGGGAGAGUCUGCCCCUGCGGAGGCCACUGCCGUCCAUACCGCCCAGCCAGAGAGCUGGCCAGGGCGGGUCCGACCGCCGCCCGCUGGAGCAUCUUGCCCAGGCUUUUUAUACCUUACAGUGUAACUUUUUUAUUUUAUUUUACUCUGAUUAUGAUUAUUCAGGAAUAUUAUCUCUCAGAUAAGUUUAGGGUUAGCUUUUCUGAUUUAUAACUUUUUACUGUGUUGAUUUCUUUAACGGUUUGAGUUUCCUUCUCCUGUGGGUGGGGAAGGGUGGGGAGAUGGGACAUCCGUCCAGUUUCCACCCGGAUACUCCUGAAGCUGUUGGGUGGGACGCACCAGGCUCUGCCUGAGAUGUACCAGGAAGGAGGGGGGAUGGCUAGCAUGCGGCCCCCUGAGGCCUGGCAUCUGUGAAUAGGGGCCCAGGAAAGGUGGGAAAGACAAAGGAGCAUCAUAUGGGCAUGACAGGGCGUCCUGCACAGGGGCAGUGGCAUUUGCUGACCGAGCCAGGGAGGCCAGAGCAGUGGUGGGGUGGGCUGGGGGUCCUCCAGGUAGGUGGCUGGUGAAGGGCUUUUCCAGGACUGUGGCCAAAGCUGACAGAGCCUUGUGCUUUUCAAUGGUGAGCAGUUUUUAGUGUGGCCUUCUUCCUCCCUCUGCUGGCCUGGGUGGCUUCCCUUCCCACUCAUGCCCAGGUCCCAUAACCCCUGUUACUUUCACAGACAUUCCUGCCGCAGACUCUGAGAUACAGCCCUCUAGUUCAGGAACUGCACACAUUCAUUGUCACUUACCUUAGGAGAGGGAAGCAGUCCUCAUGGUCAGCUGCUCAGAUGGUGGCAGAGGAUCCAGGCCCAUCAGGAGGGGGAGGCUGAACCGGCACACAUGACUGUCCCUGCCAGAUUACCCCAGCUGACUACCCUGCUGGGGGAGGAGGGACGGGAGCACGUGGCUCCCAGGGCCCUCAUCCCCUUGCGGGGGUUCGUUGCUGUCUGCAGAGGGGUGGGUGGCCACCACAUCUUGUAUCAUCCCAAGGAAAUGAGAUACAGAAAACCCCAGAGGUUGGGGGAUCUUGUCACAGAGGUCCCAGGAAAAAAGAGCAGUCAGUCCUGGCACACACAGACCUGGGUGUGGAGACCAACAGGCGGGUUUUCAGCUAUAGCAGGGCACCCCCGCCAGAACUGGGGCUCGUCUAUAGUUUAAAAACUCAAGAAUCCACAGGACUGAGCUUGAAAAGGUCACCUUGGGGCUCGCUAGGGGCCAGGCGUGUCACUGGGUGGGGCCUUGUGUGGGCAGCUGCCUUUCCCUGCUCAUUGCCUAGAUCUCUCACCAAACUCCACCUGCCUUGUCUGUUCCCAGAGCUGAAAAGGCCACCAGCCAACCAGUCACUCUCCACUCACCUUCACUAACAUAGAAAUCGGGACCAGGAGCGCAGGACUUUUGGUGUGUUCAGGAUUCAUGUUUUGGGGGUGGGAGUGGAAAACAAAGUGGUCUCAGUGAGUAGGACAGAGUGAAAACCACUUCCCUGAGACAGGAGCAUGGUGCUGAUGGACAUCGCAGCGGGGCGGGUCCUGGGGCAUGUGGGGCAGGCAACGUGAGUAGAGCUGCUCUGGCCUGUUCUGGUUAGGAGCAGCAGCUGCCUCUCUAGGGCCCCAAAUACAGAGACAUUCAGCAACAAGUGUUGGAGCGCAGUGAGACCUGGUGCAUAUGUUUUUGGUGGUGGGGAUGGGUUCAUUUAUGCCUAUCAAUGCAAUUCUUAAUUUUUGUUAAUAUCCACAGCAAAAGCCUAGUAUGUUAGGAGGUGUCUAGCCUCCCUGGCAGUCUUGUUUCUGGAGUGCUUCAGGGUGGCCUCUUGCUCUGGAGCCUUUGCCGCAGUCCCUCCCCGCCACUGACCCCACCAGCCCCCUCCUCAUCCGUCCAUGUACAGAGCAUUGUCCACAAGUCCCCAAACUGCCUUUUUGCCUCACCUGUUCCUUCAUGUUGCUGAGUCUACAUGGGGUGGAAGUCUCCAUGCAAGGGCAGGUGUUCUCCUGAGCCCCUUGACCAUCCUGCAGAACGGUCCCCACACUAUCCGGAAGGCCAGGAAGGUGGCUCAGUGUCUUCUCCAUUUCUCCCUACUAUGAUCUCAUUGGGGCCAAAUCCCGCCGAGUGAAUUCCCUCCCUUGCCAAAGUCAGAGUGAGUUCAAUUAGGUCUGAUGCAAGCAAUUUAUAGACCUGACUCACAAAGUCCCUUAGGGUUUGCAGGCGACUUCAAGGGAAUGCCUAAUGUAGACUCAGCCUUUCCUUGAAGCCAUCUUGCUGAGGAGGUGAACUCACGGCUGAGAACUGCCUUGGGGUGGCUGGCGGUGGGUGUCAGGGUGCAAAUCUCCCCUGCGCAGCCACGCUCUCUGAGCUGGAUCGGUGCCACCAGCCUUCCUGCCAGCCUGGGCCUGCAUCUUGGGCCCUCGCCCUGGAAAGGUCGCUGAACACACCCCAGAUCCCCUCGCACGUGUUCUGGUUGGACUUGGAACUAGGUAGCCAUGCCUCCAGGUUUGGGUGGCUACAGAGUAGACAGAUGGAUGGAGUGACUGUCUCCUCCUCUCCAGCCCCCUGCCCACCCUCUGGUGGAGGUGCUAACUAGCAGGGACAUGGCACAGGAUGGGAGCUGGGUGCCAGGUGCUUGGGGUCUCUUCUUUCCCCCUCAGCCCUUCAGAGCCCAGUGACCCCUCUUGUGUCCCAUUCUCCCAUUUUCCUUUUCUCUACCACUGUGAGGCAGUGGUCCAGGGUGGGUCCUGGCCUCCCUGCCUCGAAUGGUGUCUCUGAGGAGUGUGGGCCUCCUGUCCACACCCUGCCCGCUGUCCCCGGGCAGCACAGGAGAGCCUGGAGUGCACGCUUGUUGGUUUCAAAUGCACUUUUCUGCUUGCAGUGCCCUACAUGUGCGUCCCCUUCAUCCCGGUCCUGGCUUUAUUGAGCACCAUGUUUUUAGCAUGUUUUUAAAUAAAAAUUGAUAACGCGUCAAAAGCACAA